UUUAACGUCKGACGAGUAAAUACUUAAUACAACUUAAUAGUCACUAGCCAGUGCCCAGUGCCCACUGCCCUUAUUGAAAUAAUGGAAAAUAGUUAUAUCAGCAAUGGUCUGUCCAGCCCUCUUAGUGCUUCCUCACCUCUAAAACAAAAUGCCGAAACAAAAAUUAACUAUAAUUCCAUCGAUUCUCUUUUGCAUGAAAUGGUGAAUACCUACGAAUGCAAUGACAAGUUAUUAAGAAACAUAGAUAAUGGCCAUACACAGUGUAAUGUCAGUUUUCAAGAAAAAAAUACUAGAUUUACUAUUCUAAACAAAAAAACUAUUAGCGAUGAAUUAGAAGACAGCAAUUUGCAGAGUUUAUGUGACGAAUUGGAGAAUGUAACCCCUCGUGUAACCACAGAUUUAAAUGAUUACCAGAAAUUGGACUCAGUUUCAAAAGAAAAUUUGUGGUUAAAGCUUGGAAAAGAAAUUUAUCGUAGACAAAAUAUAGAAAAGAAAAUUAUAGAUUUAGAAAAAAAGUUAACAAAUUAUGAAAAAAAAAUAGAUAAAUUUAAAGAAGUAGAUUGCCAAAAAAAUAAUCUUCUUGAUGAUCUGGCCGCCCGAUCUGCUAUGAUUUUAAGUCAAGUAAGAGCAUUUAGUACAAUUAAUGAAAAAAUCAACAGGGAUUUACUAUCUGAGCGUAAGAAUAAAAAAGACAUUUUGGAAGCAAUGAAAGAAAAAAUUGAACAUUAUAAAAGUGAUACAGCUAAAGCUAUUUCUCGAAGUAAUUCUUACAAGGUUUUAAAAGAAAAUGCUGAAAAAAAGUUGAAUGAAUUAUUGAUUAACUGUCAAAAAGUAGAAGAACAAGCAAAAAAAUUACAACUAAGUAUUGAAAAUAAAAAUAAAGAAAAUGAAAGACUUAAAAAUGAAUUGGUUAAAUUACAAGAAAAAAAUAAAAGCGUGAGUUUGAAGAUACAGUAGAAAUUGC